AAGCUUCCCAUUUGCUGCCACGAGCGAUCCUCCGGACCUGCGAAUACCAAGACCAUCUCUUCUUGAUCAUCAUCGUCGAUCCACUCGCACAGCAGUCGCGCUCGCCAUGCCUCCGGCAAAGAAGCGCAAGUCCCCCUACGACCGCUUCACCGAUGCGUCGCCUACGGCUAUCAGUGCUGGGUUCGCAGCCGCGAUGAACAUCGGUCCUCAGCCUAGGGGCAUACAGGGAGGCACAAUGGCAGCUCCUAGCUCGAGCAAUUUAGGCUCCUCAUCAGGAGAUAUGGGCGUCGAUCCGUUUGGUCAGCAAGGCGCAGACUGGCUGCAGAGCCUUCAAAACGUCUCCGGCGUUGCGAGCGGGAACGGAUUUGGAGAGGAGGAUGAGGGGGAGGGAGAUGACGAUGAGCCGGAUACGCCAUCUACGAGUGCGGCAAAGGGCAAUGCUGCGAGAGGAGGAGUAGGAGCAAAGCGUAGACGAGGAGGCGGGCAAGCCGGCUCGAAGCGUGGGAAGGCAGCAGCGUCGUCGAAGGAGGCGCCCUCAACGGCGGCAGACGAUGACGACGAAGCUGCGCAGCAUCGCAAGGAGCAGAACCGUCUCGCCCAGCGAGAAUUUCGACAACGACGGCAGCAAUACGUUCGCGCCCUAGAAGGCCGUAUCGAGCUACUCUCAUCAGAUCACGACGACCAAGUCGACCGCCUCCGUCAUGCCCUACGUGGCCUCCUUGCAGAGAACAACACCCUACGCUCCAUGGUGGGCUCCCUGGCGCGCUUCAUCGGUGAAGGUCUGCUCGGUGGGCCACUACAGCAGAACGGUAUCUCGCGCCAGCAGCUGGAGGAAAUGAUCAACGGUCGCAGCGAGAAGACGAUGACGGAUGCAUGGCAGAAUUGGCCGGGAGCGAAGGAGUGCGAGGCACUGAGGCAGAUUAGGAUGGAGGCCAACAUUCCCGCCGAUGGACUUCCGGAGAUGAGGAACAGCAGUCCAGGGGCGAUGGGCGCUGGAGCGGGCGGCUCCGCAAAGAAGUCAAGAAAGAGUACGGGAGGCGCGGCGGGAGCAGGAACGGCUGCCGGUACGAGCUCGACGACGGAUGACAACACUGCGGGACCUUCUCAGCAGCCCUCAGCAAGUGGCGCAGCCAGCGCGAAUGCCUUCGCCGAGCCCUUCCUCGCUCCAUACAUCAACGCUUCAACGGCCAGCAUGCCCUCCUCCUCGACGGCAGCGCCAAGCUUCGCCGGCAAUACCCCCUUCAAUGGCGGCGCACCGUUCAGCCCCUUCCCUUUCGCCGGUGGCAGCGAUCAGCCCGAUGCUGCUCUCCUCGCAAGCCUGUUCGGUCCCGCGUCUGUGACAUCACAAAGCGGUGCAUGGCCGGCUCCCACUCCCUCCACCUUAGAUACCAACAGCCGGGACGGCCCCUCUCUGGGCAACGGCUCAACGAUCACUGGUAACGGCUCCACCUCUGCGCUUCCCAGUAGCGAUUCGCCCGCCACAACACCACGUACAGCAUUGCAAAAUAGUGCUCACACCUUCCUUCAGUCGCUGCGUCACCUCGAUGAGCAAGAUCGCUCAGGCUUAGCCCGCGUACAGUCCAUCGCCGACCAGUUGAACCACCUGCGUGCCUCGCAGGGUCGAAGGGACCUCAUCUCCCUCUUCGGCGACGCGGCCACCGCCUCCGCCUCGCCUCGCGGUGGUAGCGGCGCCAACACGAAUGACUCGACCAUCGCUCCCGCUUCACUCGCGGACGAUGGUGGCUCUCCUCAGACCGAGGAGGAGAUGUCCCGCAUGACAUCAGCAUUCAUCCAGACUGCCUACCACAUGGCCAACUAUCGCCGCAACGCGUCUUAUCGUCUGCCCUCCAUCCUGCGUCCCACUGACCUCCAGCUCACCCGCCCCCAUGACCCGAUUAUCGAUGGCGUCCCCCUCUCCGGUCUCCGUGACGCCUUGAUCGAGCAACACGCACAGGGUCGUGUGGACCUGGACGAGGUCUUGUUCUAUCUGCUUUGCAGCACCAAGAUGGCCGAAGGGGACGUCCUACGCCAGGAGACUUGGAUGCUUGACCACGGCUUCGUUUUAAGAUUCCCAAGUCUGGCCACAAGCGAUGUGCUUGAUGCGACGAAUCGCUGGAGGAAGGUGACGCACGACUUGGAGCCGCUGAGCAAGGAAGAUGUACUGCAGCUUGCGGGGAAGGGGCGGAGAGCUGGAAUGGUGGGACGGGAGAAGGGUACGGCUGCGAAGAGUGGGACAGGAGGGGUAGCUGGCGAUGGUGCAGGAGUUAGUAGCGCUGAAGCUAAUGCUUCCGGGUCGGGAUCGCCUGCGAUGACCAGGUAAGGACUUUACUGAUUGUAGCCCUGCAAUGCACAAAGCAAGCAAUCGAUG